ACACAGAAAAAUGAAGAGAAAAAGAAUUCACAAAAUAUAAACAGUACACAAAAUAACAAGCAAAAUGGAAAUAGAAAAAAGAAGAAAACUAUGUGCAGCAUUGUUAUUAAUGCAAAAUAAUUAUUUGACUGCAUUGCUCAUGCUGCGAAAGCAGAACCAGCGCAGGAGGAAGAUGGAGGCAUCGAAAAGGGGAUUGCUGCAACGAGAGUUUGAAGGCUUCGAAUGUAAGUUGGGAAGGGAAAUAGCAGAUGAAGACUCCGUACUCUAUGGAAGAGUAUUGCGAAUCUCGCCAGAUCAGUUUAAUAUAAUUUUGGAAAAAGUGCGGCCUUUUAUACAGGAAAAGAAGAGCCCAUUCAGAAACAGCAUUACCUCAGAGGAACGACUUAAACUCACCCUGUUCUAUUUGUCCACUGGCCGUAUGCCCUUUCGUCAAACAAAACCCACAUAUAUACCGACAAUUACGAAGAUAUUAAAGGAAACAAUACCUGUUUUGUACAAUGUGCUCAAUGAAGAAUACCUACCGUUUCCGACAUCAGCAGACGAAUGGAAACAAAUCGCCUCAGACUUCUACGAUAUUUGGGGAUUUCCCAAUUGCAUUGGAGCUAUAGAUGGAAAGCAUUGCAAAACAAGACCCAUGCCAAGCAAUGGAGGACCCUCCAUGAUGCUAAUGGUAAUCGUUGACGCUCGAACCGUGUAUCCCCAUAUACAUUGGUCUCUGAUGAGGCUUUCCCCCUCACCGAGUACAACAUGAAGCCGUAUUUUAGCAAAAAUCUAACCGAAAGUCAGCAGCAUUUCAAUUAUAUGCUUUCGCGGAGUCGUCGCGUUGUGGAGAAUGCGUUUGCGAUUCUGGCCAGUCGCUUCAGAGCUAUCUUUAAGCCCAUUAAGAGCGCACCAAUUUCAUUCAGCAAAAUAGUUUUAACCUGCUUUUGUCUUUAUAACUUUUUGAGAGAGGAAUCCAUACGAUCAAACAACCAUUCGGAUGUCAUUCCAAAUGUUGAAUUGGAACGCAUUGUAGAAGAAAAUUUUGUCGAACAUGUUGUGGAUCAUCGGACUGUAAAAUCGACAGGCCUUGGUCCCCAAACGAGGGACGGUCUAAGGGAAUACUUUUCCGAAUUCCAUUUGGAUUUUUAACUUUGAAGACUUUCGAAAUUUUAAUUGUACAUAUAUAGUAUUUUAGGUAUUUUUUUAUUGGAUUUCAUCAUCGCGUCCCAAUUGCUUAAUUUUGUAAUCGGUGAUUAAUUGCAAAAUUUUAAUUUCCAAGCGCUUUCCCAAAUCUUCGUCUAAUUUUUUUAAUUCGGCACCCACGAAUGCUCCGAAGUCGGCAUGGGGGUUUGGUGUAGUUGGCAUCGCGAGGACGUCGGUGAGGUUUUUGUGCGAGUCCGACAGUUUAUUCAGAAUUUCGUCAUUCGACUCGGAAUCGGAUCUUUUUCUCUUUUUUGAGGCGUCAGGCGACCAGGGGGCGCAAAAUUCCAACUGUUCUUGCACCGAGCAAUCGGCCUC